CCGGGGCCGCGGAAGAGAGCAGCAUGCCGGGAGCCGUAGUCUGCUUCGCCUCGGCCCGGCGCCGCUCGCCGCACCGUGCCUCUGUCUGCAUCGCCCGGCCGCCGCUCCUCCUGCCCUCGAUGGAGGGCUCCGAGGAGCUGGAAAGCAGCCUCCUGACCCAGCCCUGGGCUUCUGUUCGUUUUGGCGAGUCCACUUUUCUUGCCAAAGUGUGCUUCAGGGAUAGUGGCUAUAUCCUGCUGAUCUCUGACCUCAGCAGUGUCUGGUACGAGAGUGCAGAUGCCGAGGCUGUGGGACAAAGGUCCAAGGAGCUGAACAAGCGGCUGACGGUCCACGUGUCCUCCUUCCUGAACCACUUGUGCAACUUGAUGUGCCCCUUGCUGGCAGGGCAGCCGGGUGCCACCACUGCCUUCUCCUGCCACCGCUCUCCCAGUGGCCUCAGGCUGCACGUGAAAAGCGAGCUGUCAGGACUGCCCUUCUACUGGGAUUUCCACUGCUGCCCAGCUCCCUUGGAGAUGGUGUUCCGUCACCUUGUGCGGCCCCUGAUUCAGAUGAGCCUGGCGCUGCAGUGCCAGGUGCAGGAGCUGAUUUCCCUGCUGCUCCAGAAGGAUGCUGAGAUCGAAGAUUACAGGGAGAACGGGGCCACUCUCAGCAGAGACCGCCUGCGGACAGAGCCCUUCCAGGAGGAGACGUUUCAGCAGAACUUCAUGGCUGAGACCCUGCCCCGGAUCUGCAGUGCGGGAGAAGGGCAGGCGUUUGCCUCUGCUCUGCAGCAGCUCUACACUGCAGUGACACAGCAGGAGGUCAAGCAGGCUCGGAAACCGCAUUGCUCUGAGGAUGAUGUGGAUACAGCACCCACUGCAGAAACCACAAAGCACCCGCCUUCACCUGCUACAUCCCAGGAGGAUGAAACGACAUCUUCCAGUGAGAGAACCUCGGUUGUUCCUGGUGCAAGCCCUGUUCCAUCCAUAUGGACUCCAUCUCUGGUGCAGGAGCUGCUCUGUUGCAAGCCUCGUCCCUCAGCUCCGUGCUGGCUCUGGGGUUUGUGCUGUUCCCCCAUGCCUGCCAGCAUGUUCAGGAGGAGUGCUUAUCACCCCUGCGAGGGCAUCUGGCUGGUCUAUCCUUUUUGGGUCUGAGGAGACAUCACAGGGCUGAAACAAUCCCAGCCUGGCUGUGCCAGUGGCCGGUGGACUCUGUAGGGGAGGAGUGGGUGGUGCAAACCAGCACCUGCAUCCCUGGGUCAUUCCUGUGAAUUACUGUGCCUCUGCUUCUCCCUGGGGUACUCAGCUCACUGUCAGGGAUGCUGCAGAGAUGUUGCUCAUGAGCCCUGCUGCAAAAUCUCUGUGGAGUGUCCAGCAGCCCUAAAGACCUGCUUCAGGGAGAGAUCCCGUUCCAUUCACCUCUCUCCCAAAGGCAAGGGGAGGUGGGAACGCAGGAGCAAGGACAGGAGGUAAAUAAAAGCAGGAGAGUGAAGACAGUAGGAAAAAUAACUUUGCCAAUGUCCCCCAGGGAACCGCAGGGACCCUGACCCUCAGGACUCCAGCAUGGGGCCACUGGUUCCUUCCUGGCCCAGGUUGUUGCCAGCUCUGGGGAAUGCCACUACACAUUGUCCCAUGCUGUCCUGCUGGGGUCUCCUUCACUGUCCCCACCCCCUCCUCCCUGGAGCCAGCUGGAUUUGAGCUCCCGACACACAUUAAAGGCCACAAGUUCGGCCUCGGCCUCCAUAAAUUUGAUUCCAUAAAUAUUAGUUUUCGCAGGGUUUAAUGAAGCCGUUAUGCUGGGCACGGCCCAGCACCCCGACCCGUGCCCUUAAUAAGGGCUCUGUGGCCUCGAUUAAAGGGACCUUUCAAUCGCUGUCAAGUAUUUUUAGAAAAGGAAAAGAAAAAAAAAAAAAGAGAGAGAGAGAGGGAGAGAGAGAGAGAGAAGAAGACGACCAAAGCAGCGAAUAGGGAGAGGAAAAUCCCAAACCCGUCCAGUGCAAAAAUAGAGAAAUAGCACCACCUAGACUGCCUGGCUCGGCUCCGCCGCCCGCUCGCCCUGCGCAGCGCCCAGCUCCGGGCAGCCCUGGGAGCCCAGCAAGGGGUGUGCGGGAUGCUGCACUGCUGCUCGGGGCAGGGACAGCGGGAUGCAGUGGUGGGGAGAGCCGAAGGGCAGAGCAAAGAGGUGCUGGUGCUCUAUUGGAAUGCAGGCAGGAGCAGUGCGUCCUGGCGUCCAGGCCAGAAGGGCCUGAGGGUGGCCGAGUGUUGAGGGAAAUGCCAUGUGAACAGACGUUGCAUCUCUCCCACCAUAGCAGCAAGGGUCCCUUCCCAUCAGUUGCCCAAGCAGGAGUCUCCCUCCCCAGGCAAAUUUUCCCAUUAACCCUGGUUAUCCCAACCCUGUCUCAGCCUCUAGCUGCCUCCCUGUACACCCAGCUUGGCUACCCUCUUGUGCCUGGUGUCCCUGUCCCACUCGGCCCUGUAUGCCCGAAAGGUUUUGCCUGGCAGGAGAAGUGGCUGACGUUGGGAACGCUGCAUGGAGAGGUGAUGGACUCUGCACCCAGCAAAGGGCACUGCCACUGCUUGCUGUGGCCAGAACCAAUGCACAAUGCCACGGCCCCUGCAUGGGAAGGGGUUGCUGUCACCAGCAAACCCAACUCCUGUCUUCCAGCCUGGGCCUCCAUGGGACAUGAAUGCUGUUACCAGCAAGGGCAGGGCUAGGCUGCUUACUGUGAGCCUGGAGCUGCUGGGAGGGGGACAGCGGCUUCUGACAUGCACACUGCAUGCUGGCAGGCUGCAGAGCUUAUUUGGAGGUCUGGGUUUGUGACAUUGGCAUUCAUAGGGAACUUCUCCCUGGGGAAGUGCUGCAGCCUCCAGAUGCCGUGCUAUCCCAGAUCAUCCUGCUUCACAGUCUUGUGAUGUGCAAAGCAGGAAGCUAGGCUCAUUUUGUUGGGAGCACAAACCACCCUGGAGGAUCCUGUGAAUCUAGUCCAGGGUCCAUAGGGUCUAAUUUUCCUGUGCUAGUGAUGCACAGUGAGUUGUGUCCUUUCUGCAUGCCUGAGAAGCCAAGGGCAGGGGUGGAAAAUGGUGCUGUAGUAUGUCCCCUCUGCUUUCUCUGCUGAUGUCCUUAGGACGCUCCACUGGAAGGAUCAGCCAAAGAAGUGUAGAAGUGGGGUGGCCUGGGGCUGCUGGCCAGACACCGUCACUCCAUCAUGUGCAGAAACAGUGGGACAGCUGUAUCUCACCAUCCUGUCCAGUGGCUGGUCUUCACAGAGGCCCUGGGCACUGCUUUUGGGUAUGCAGGAUGAAAACCAGUAUGAAAAUCAGUAUAAAAACCUGAUGGACUAUGGCUACUGAGUAUGAAAACCUGAUGGAGACACCUCUGAGUAUGAAAACCUGAUGGAGACACCACUUUGCUUGCAUCUCCUGCAAAGGAAAUGGUCUAAUGCUGGGGGCAUUAGAUAGCAGCAUCGCAAGUCUGUGGGUGAUGCUGGCUCCCCAGGCUGCAUCCCUUGAGCCCACGUUGCUUGGUCCUGCUGAGAGCAGCAAAGCCCUGCAGUCAGAGCUGGAUGUCUGGCUGGGCUAUUGCAGCCUGGCCACCGUGUAUCCCUGUGAGUGACCUGUGCCCCGUGCUCGCAGAAGGGCUGGUGAGGGAACAUCUCUGGGAGAGUUUGUGUGUGUGUGGGCAUCCCAAGGCACUGUCUCACCUGGGAAGAUCCUAGGGAACCAGAGGGUGUUCAAGUAGACCCGUGCCGGACCCCUCCCAGGCACACAGCUGGGGGAGAACCGGGGGGGGCCCUUCAAACCCUCGCUCCUGAAAUCAGGGUGUUAUAUUUACUUUCCCCUUUUGGCAGCUAGAAGGGGAAGCCCAUCCCAGCCCCUCAUUGUUGUCUCAGCGAGUUAAUCAGAUGCCAUAAUCCUGUUGUGGAAAUAUCGGGCCUCCCUGGAAACAAUGGGGAGCGAGAAUAUUGUGGUUAAAUUUCAA